UGGCCUUUGAAAUUUCAAACACCGCUAUUUUAGUUUCACAUUUAGCUUGAACUUAAAAGAGAACACAAACAUUUGAAAUAAAUAAAAUAAAAUGAAAAGUGAAAAAUUUACAAUAUUUUUAGCAAUAAUUUUAAAUUGUGUGAAUUUAAUACAAAGUGAUGAACUACUUGAGCUGAACUGUAUUAAUGAAACGCAAUGCAAACAAUUUCAACAUUCUGGUAUUAAAUCCGCGUGCAUUGAAGAACAAUGUCACUGUAGCAGUAGCAAUGGAGAUAAUGUUAAAUGCCAACCAUUGAACCAUAAAGUGAACAAUAUUAUUAGUGGACCAUGUCCUUGCCAGCAACCAAAUGCUGAAUGUGAUACGCAACAGGAUGUAUGUUAUUGUGCCAGCAAUUUUAUGCCCAGCAGUGAUAAAAGGCGAUGCAUUGCAAAAAUGGUGGCAUUGGGUGAGAAAUGUGAACUAGAUUCACAGUGUCAAAAAGUAGAUUUUAAUGCAAUCUGCCAUGAAUCAUCGAAACAGUGUAUUUGCAUGGAUCAGUUUAUUAAUAAUGAAGGAAAAUGUACAUCUAUAGUGGGCAAUAAAUCCUUUUGCUCCAACGACGAGCAGUGCACCGAAAAAUAUGGCGAAAAUACCCAAUGCAGCAAUAUAACCCAACAUUGUAUCUGCAAACCCGAACAUUUUGCUUCCAUCGAUAAUGCACGCUGUUUGAAAAUAUCAAAAUAUUUGGAAGCUUGUACCGAAAAUAUCCAAUGUAUGGGCACUAUGGGUCCAGGUGGUAAAUGUACGGAAAAUGUCUGCCAGUGUUCGGAAAAAUAUUUCGUAGAAGAGAAGAAAACCGAAAAAAAUUUCGUGGAAACAGUGUGUACUGCCGUUGUUGAACGUGGUCAUUAUUGUCGCAUUGACGAAGAUUGUUAUCAACGUCAAUUGAACGAAUCGCAACAAUCAAUGGAUUGUAUUUAUGGUGAAUGCAAUUGUAAGAUGGGUUUUAAUUCGUACAACGAUGGUGAUUGUAUCGAAGGUUCCGGUGGUGCGACCAUUAAAACUUUAAUGAGUUUAAAUUUAAUACUGCUUCCUCUUUAUAUAUUUGUAAAUAGUUAUUUUUAAAAAUGGGUUUAAUUAAGUAGUAAUGUUAUUUAUUGUACUGCUUGUGUAAAUAUGUAUGUGAAUUUAAUAAAAAAAUAUAUAAGUAGUUGAAAUUUUG